AUGACGAGCUCAGCUGUGUUUGCGGGACUCGCACCCAGGCUCAAGAGCCAGUACAACGCCGCACUCAAGGCCGGCUCGCUCCACUUUACCGACUCGGACGAGGUCGAGUUGGAGGACGAGGCGACCGGCAUCCCUUUCGAAGUCCGCUACGCCCCAGCCCUCGCAAAGAAGCCCACCGCCAACAAGGACUCGGGCAGCACCGCCUCGACCGCCGACGACUCGAAGCCGGUCGACCCGUUCGCCCCGCCGUACCAGCAGGACCUGUUGGUCGCCGAGGAGACUGUCAAGGAGGACGACGACGAUGCGGGCGAGGGCUUUGUCGUCCUUCUCAACAAGUUCUGCGUCACGCCCCGACACUUCCUCCUCGUCACCAAAGACUUCCGCAAGCAGACGACCCCCGUGUCGCCCCUCGAGACGUUCACGGCCUGGUCCAUCCUCAAGCAGCUCGGCUCGCGCGAGAAGCACCUCGCCUUCUUCAACUGCGGCGACGAGAGCGGUGCAUCACAGCCGCACAAGCACCUGCAGUUCAUCCCCAUCUCGACUGGCAUGGCACCCUUCGACUCGUACAUCGACGCUCACAAGCCCGCCAAGCCUCAGCAACCUUUCCAGCUCCCGCUCCCCUACGCCAACUUUACCGCCCUCAUCGACCCUCCCUCGUCGGCCUCGCGCUCCGACCUCGUCGCCUACCUCGGCCAGCGGUUCCUCGAGCUGCUCGACCUCAUGAUCGACCACCGCCGGCGCCUGUCGCUCUCGGACCCGGCCGCGCUCGGCCUCGACGCGCCCACGCGCGGCAUGCGUCUCAGCGAGCUGUCGUACAACGUCGUCAUGACGCAGCAGUACCUCCACCUCGUGCCGCGGCGGCGCGAGAAGUACACGGCGCGCGCCUCGAGCGACGUCGACGGCGGCGGCGAGGGCGCACCAGGGCGCACCGUGUCGGUCAACGCGCUCGGGUUUGCCGGCAUGGUGCUCGUCAAGGACGAGGCGACGCUCGAGGUCGUCAAGCGCGUCGGCGUCCUCGAGGUGCUCAAGGAGGUCGGGCUCCCGCCGCUCGAGUUCUCGGAUCCGCAGCACGCAGAGGACGUCGGCGAGCUGGCGUAG